AUGGACGUCCGAUCGUACAGAGGACCGAACAUCGACUCUGAUCACUUCCUGGUAGCGUGCAAGAUCCGAGCUAGGCUGUCGAACGUGUUGACCCCGCGGACUGCGAGGAUAGCGCGGUUGAACGUCCAGCGCCUCGCGAGCAGCGACGUUGCUGCAGAGUACAGUCGGAAGCUCGACGAGCGGAUCAACGAGGACGCGCCUACAGGUAACCUGGAUGAGCAAUGGGGAGCCCUCCAGAGCAUCGUCAACACAACGGCUACCGAAGUGAUCGGCACGACCAGAGGACGCAAACCCAAAGGGUGGUUCGAUGCGGAGUGCCAGCGAGUGACGGACGAGAAGAACGAGGCCAGAAAGCGUAUGCUGGUGAAGGGUACGCGCCGAAACUGUGAGCGAUACAGUGAGCUGCGAAGAGCUGAGAAACGAACCCACCGCCGAAAAGAACGGGAGUACGACGAGAGAGUACUUGCCGAAGCUCAAGCACAGUACAACGCGAAUGAUAAGCGGAGGUUUUAUGCAACUGUCAACGGUGUAAGAAAGAAAGCGACGCCUUCCCCUGUUAUGUGCAACGACAGGGAAGGUAACCUGUUGACAGAUAAGACAGCGGUAGCGGCCAGGUGGAAGGAGCACUUCCAACAGCUGUUGAACGGUGAGACGCGAGAGGGAAUCGUCGAGGACAGGAUGAACGUUGAGGAUGAUGGAAUAGCUGUGGACCCGCCUACGUUGGAGGACGUGGAAAAAGCCGUAAAGGAGCUCAAGAACGCGAAAUCCGCGGGAAAGGACGGACUUCCGGCCGAACUUUUCAAGCACGGGAGCGCGCGGAUGAUCGAGAUUCUGCACCAAAUCGUCCAGCGAAUUUGGUGCGAAGAACAGCUUCCGACCGACUGGUUAGACGGGCUCAUCACCCCAAUCUACAAGAAAGGGCAAAGACUCGAUUGUGCCAACUAUCGAGGCAUCACAAUCCUCAACUCAGCGUACAAAGUACUAUCCCGAAUCCUGUGGAGCAAGCUGAGACCCUUGACCGAGACCUUUGUCGGCGAAUACCAGUGCGGUUUUCGAGCGGGUCGGUCAACGACGGAUCAGAUGUUCACUCUGCGACAAAUCCUCGACAAGUUCCGGGAGUACAACCUGCAAACACACCAUUUGUUCAUCGACUUCAAGGCGGCGUACGAUUCAGUCAAAAGAAACGAACUUUGGAAAAUUAUGCUAGAACACGGCUUUCCGGCGAAGCUAAUUAGACUGAUUCGUGCAACGCUCGACGGAGCAAAAUCAAGCGUGCGAAUAGCCAACGAGACAUCUGAAGCUUUCGUUACGUUGGAUGGAUUGAAGCAGGGCGAUGCUCUCUCGAACUUACUGUUCAUCAUAGCGUUGGAGGGUGCUGCUCGAAGGGCAGGCGUGCAAAGAAACGGAACACUCAUCACUAAAUCGCACAUGCUGCUUGGAUACGCUGACGACAUCGACAUCAUUGGUAUCGACCGUCGGUCAGUGGAGGAGGCGUUCGUCCCUUUCAAGCGGGAAGCUGCGAAGAUCGGACUGACCAUCAACACUGCCAAGACCAAGUAUCUGGUUGCUGGCAGAGCGCGUGGCAGUGCAGGUGAUGGUGUUUCGGAGGUGGAAAUAGAUGGAGAAAGAUAUGAGGUGGUGGAUGAAUUUGUAUAUCUUGGUACACUUGUGACGUGCGACAACGAUGUGAGCUGCGAAGUGAAACGGCGGAUUAGUGCUGCAAACAGGGCCUUCUACGGUCUUCGUAGCCAGCUAAGGUCCCGCAGCCUAAGGACGCCUACGAAAAUCACGCUGUACAGGACCUUGAUACUCCCUGUAGCUCUUUACGGUCACGAGUCGUGGACGCUAAAGGAGGCUGACCAGAGAGCACUUGGGGUCUUCGAGCGGAGAAUCCUGCGUACUAUCUUCGGCGGCAAGCAAGUAGGAGACCGGUGGCGCAGGCGCAUGAACUUCGAGCUGUACCAAGACUACAAACAUGCUGAUAUCGUAAAAGUCAUCAAGCACGACAGGCUGAAGUGGGCUGGACAUGUAGCCAGAAUGUCGGACGAGCGGGCGGCUAAAACGAUAUUCAGCAGCGAACCCGGACGGGGUCGUCGGCUUCGUGGAAGGCCUCGUACGCGUUGGCUGUGUGCAGUCGACGAAGAUGCAAGAGCGGCCAACAUUGUGGGCGACUGGAGACGAGCGGCCCAAGAUCGAGCAUCCUGGAAAUCUUCGAUUAGUUCAGCGUUGGGUCGAUAG